AUGCCACCUCAGUAUGGACAGCAAGGUGUGAGUGGCUACUGCCAACAAGGCCAACAGCCAUAUUACAACCAGCAGCCCCAGCCCCCGCAUCUCCCGCCCCAGGCGCAGUAUUUGCCAUCCCAGUCCCAGCAGAGGUACCAGCCGCAGCAGGACAUGUCUCAGGAAGGCUAUGGAACUAGAUCUCAACCUCCUCUGGCCCCAGGAAAGCCGAAUCAUGAAGACUUGAAUUUAAUACAGCAAGAAAGACCAUCAAGUUUACCAGACCUGUCUGGCUCCAUUGAUGACCUCCCCACAGGAACGGAAGCAACCCUGAGCUCCGCGGUCAGCGCGUCGGGGUCCACAAGCAGCCAGGGCGACCAGAGCAACCCAGCUCAGUCACCUUUCUCUCCACAUGCAUCUCCCCAUCUCUCCAGCAUCCCUGGGGGGCCAUCACCUUCUCCUGUUGGCUCUCCUGUAGGAAGCAACCAGUCGCGAUCUGGCCCAAUUUCUCCUGCAAGUAUUCCAGGCAGUCAGAUGCCUCCUCAGCCACCUGGGAGCCAGUCAGAAUCCAGUUCCCAUCCUGCCUUGAGCCAGUCACCAAUGCCACAGGAAAGAGGUUUUAUGGCAGGCACACAAAGAAACCCUCAGAUGUCUCAGUACGGACCUCAGCAGACAGGACCGUCCAUGUCGCCUCAUCCUUCUCCUGGGGGCCAGGUGCACCCUGGAAUCAGUAGCUUUCAGCAGAGCAACUCGAGUGGGACUUACGGCCCGCAGAUGAGCCAGUAUGGACCCCAAGGUAACUACUCCAGACCCCCAACGUAUAGUGGGGUGCCCAGUGCAAGCUACAGUGGCCCAGGGCCCGGUAUGGGCAUCAGUGCCAACAACCAGAUGCAUGGACAAGGGCCAAGCCAGCAAUGUGGUGCUAUGCCCCUGGGACGGAUGCCGGCAGCUGGGAUGCAGAACAGACCAUUUCCUGGAAACAUGAGCAGUGUGACCCCCGGCUCUCCUGGCAUGUCUCAGCAGGGCGGGCCAGGCAUGGGGCCGCCGAUGCCCACUGUGAACCGGAAGGCACAGGAGGCCGCUGCAGCCGUGAUGCAGGCUGCUGCCAACUCAGCACAAAGCAGGCCACCAUACAUUAGGUCGCCUGCUUAUCCCAGCCAGUCUGGGGCUGGCGGACGCCCCAUGUUUUCUUCCCAGCACCCCAACUAUGGCAGCUCCCAGGCUCCCAUGAUGCACCAGGCUGACCAGUACGGGCAAGGCAGCUUUCCUGGCAUGAACCAGAGUGGACUUGUGGCUUCCAGCUCUCCCUACAGCCAACCCAUGAACAACAGCUCUGGCCUGAUGAACACACAGGCACCGCCUUACAGCAUGACGCCCACCAUGGUGAACAGCGCCACAGCAUCUAUGGGUCUUGCAGAUAUGAUGUCUCCCGGUGAAUCCAAACUGCCCGUGCCUCUCAAAGCAGAUGGCAAAGAAGAAGGCACUCCACAGCCCGAGAGCAAGUCGAAGGAUAGCUACAGCUCUCAGGGUAUUUCUCAGCCCCCAACCCCCGGCAACCUGCCAGUCCCUUCCCCAAUGUCCCCCAGCUCUGCUAGCAUCUCCUCCUUUCAUGGAGAUGAGAGCGAUAGCAUUAGCAGCCCAGGCUGGCCAAAGACUCCAUCAAGCCCUAAGUCCAGUUCAUCCACCACCACUGGGGAGAAGAUCACAAAGGUCUACGAGCUGGGGAACGAGCCAGAGAGGAAGCUGUGGGUAGACCGGUAUCUGACGUUCAUGGAAGAGAGGGGCUCCCCGGUCUCCAGUCUGCCUGCAGUGGGCAAGAAGCCCCUGGACCUGUUCCGGCUCUAUGUCUGUGUCAAAGAGAUUGGAGGUUUGGCCCAGGUUAAUAAAAACAAGAAGUGGCGUGAGCUGGCAACCAACCUAAAUGUUGGCACUUCAAGCAGUGCAGCGAGCUCCCUGAAAAAGCAGUAUAUCCAGUACCUGUUUGCUUUCGAGUGCAAGAUCGAGCGAGGGGAGGAGCCCCCACCUGAAGUCUUCAGCACCGGGGACACGAAGAAGCAGCCCAAACUCCAGCCGCCAUCUCCUGCUAACUCAGGAUCUUUGCAAGGCCCACAGACCCCCCAGUCAACUGGCAGCAAUUCCAUGGCAGAGGUUCCAGGCGACCUGAAGCCACCCACCCCAGCCUCCACUCCUCAUGGACAGAUGACCCCAAUGCAAGGCGGAAGAAGCAGUACAAUCAGUGUGCACGACCCCUUCUCCGACGUGAGUGAUUCAUCAUUCCCAAAACGGAACUCCAUGACUCCAAACGCCCCAUACCAGCAGGGCAUGAGCAUGCCAGACAUGAUGGGCAGAAUGCCCUAUGAACCCAACAAGGACCCCUUUGGUGGAAUGAGAAAAGUGCCUGGAAGUAGCGAGCCCUUUAUGACGCAAGGCCAGAUGCCCAACAGCAGCAUGCAGGACGUGUACAGCCAGAGUCCCGCAGGGGCCGUGUCCAACCUGAGCAUGGGUCAGCGGCAGCAGUUUCCCUAUGGGGCCAGUUAUGACCGGAGGCAUGAACCUUAUGGGCAGCAGUAUCCAGGCCAAGGUCCUCCGGCAGGACAGCCGCCAUAUGGAGGACACCAGCCUGGCCUGUAUCCCCAGCAGCCGAAUUAUAAACGCCACAUGGAUGGCAUGUAUGGGCCUCCAGCCAAGCGCCACGAGGGAGACAUGUAUAACAUGCAGUAUGGCAACCAGCAGCAAGAGAUGUACAACCAGUAUGGAAGUUCUUACUCUGGCCCGGACCGGAGGCCCCUUCAGGGCCAGUAUCCAUACCCCUACAACAGAGAGAGAAUGCAGGGCCCAGGCCAGAUGCAGCCCCACGGAAUCCCGCCUCAGAUGCUGGGCGGCCCCAUGCAGGCAUCCUCCGGUGAAGGGCCUCAGCAGAACAUGUGGGCAGCGCGUAACGAUAUGCCUUACCCCUACCCAAACAGGCAGGGCCCCGGCGGCCCUGCACAGGCUCCCCCUUAUCCAGGCAUGAGCCGCACGGAUGACUUGAUGGUACCUGAUCAGAGGAUAAAUCACGAGAGCCAGUGGCCUUCUCACGUCAGCCAACGCCAGCCUUAUAUGUCAUCUUCGGCCUCCAUGCAGCCCAUCACGCGCCCACCUCAGUCAUCCUACCAGACACCACCGUCACUGCCAAACCAUAUCUCCAGGGCGCCCAGCCCGGCUUCCUUCCAGCGCUCCCUGGAGAAUCGCAUGUCUCCAAGCAAGUCUCCCUUUCUGCCCACCAUGAAGAUGCAGAAGGUCAUGCCCACAGUCCCCACGUCCCAGGUCACUGGGCCACCCCCCCAGCCACCCCCAAUCAGAAGGGAGAUCACCUUUCCUCCUGGCUCAGUGGAAGCAUCACAGCCAGUCCUGAAGCAAAGGCGAAAGAUUACCUCAAAAGAUAUUGUUACCCCUGAGGCAUGGCGUGUGAUGAUGUCCCUUAAAUCAGGGCUUUUGGCUGAAAGUACUUGGGCUCUGGACACUAUCAACAUCCUUCUCUAUGAUGACAGCACGGUUGCUACUUUCAAUCUCUCCCAGUUGUCUGGAUUUCUUGAACUUUUAGUAGAAUACUUUAGAAAAUGCCUGAUUGACAUUUUUGGAAUUCUCAUGGAGUAUGAAGUGGGAGACCCCAGCCAGAAAGCACUCGGUCACAGUGCAGUGAAGGGAGAGGACAGCCAGUCCCUGGCAGAAGAUUCUGGGAAAGAGGAGGAAGACACUGAGGGUCUCGAGGAGGAGGAGGACGAGGAGGAAGAGGAGGAAGACAUGGAAAAGGUGGAGUCAGAGGCAAAGAGCAGUGCCACCCUCGCUGCCCCAGACACCACUACAGCCCCCAAAGAGAAGCCCAGACAGGCCAGUAAGUUUGACAGGCUGCCCAUAAAGAUUGUCAAGAAGAACAACCUGUUUGUGGUGGACCGCUCUGACCGGCUGGGCCGCGUGCAGGAGUUCAGCAGCGGGCUUCUGCACUGGCAGCUGGGAGGCGGUGACACCACAGAGCACAUCCAGACCCACUUUGAGAGUAAGAUGGAGAUUCCUCCUCGCAGGCGCCCACCUCCCCCUUUAAGCUCCACAGGUAGAAAGAAAGAGCCAGAAGGCAAAGGUGAUUCUGAAGAGCAGCCAGAGAAAAGCAUCAUAGCCACCAUCGAUGAUGUCCUGUCUGCUCGGCCGGGGGCCUUGCCCGAAGAAGCAAACCCUGGACCCCAGACCGAAAGCAGCAAGUUUCCCUUUGGUAUACAGCAGGCCAAAAGCCACCGGAACAUCAGGCUGCUGGAAGAUGAGCCCAGGAGCCGGGACGAGACCCCACUGUGCACCAUCGCACACUGGCAAGACUCGCUGGCCAGGCGCUGCAUCUGCGUGUCCAACAUCGUGCGCAGCUUGUCUUUCGUGCCUGGCAACGACGCCGAGAUGUCCAAACAUCCGGGCUUGGUGCUGAUCCUGGGGAAGCUGAUUCUUCUUCACCACGAGCAUCCAGAGAGAAAACGAGCGCCGCAGACCUACGAGAAGGAGGAGGACGAGGACAAGGGGGUGGCCUGCAGCAAAGAUGAGUGGUGGUGGGACUGCCUGGAGGUCUUGCGGGACAACACACUGGUCACAUUGGCCAACAUCUCGGGGCAGCUAGACUUGUCCGCUUACACGGAAAGCAUCUGCUUGCCGAUCCUGGAUGGCUUGCUGCACUGGAUGGUGUGCCCAUCCGCAGAGGCGCAAGACCCCUUUCCCACAGUGGGACCCAACUCGGUCCUGUCGCCUCAAAGACUUGUGCUGGAGACCCUCUGUAAGCUCAGCAUCCAGGACAAUAACGUGGACCUCAUCUUGGCCACGCCUCCAUUUAGUCGUCAGGAGAAAUUCUAUGCUACGUUAGUUAGGUACGUUGGGGAUCGCAAAAACCCAGUCUGUCGAGAAAUGUCCAUGGCGCUUUUAUCGAACCUUGCCCAGGGGGAUGCGCUAGCAGCAAGGGCAAUAGCUGUGCAGAAGGGAAGCAUUGGGAACUUGAUAAGCUUCCUGGAGGACGGGGUCACGAUGGCGCAGUACCAGCAGAGCCAGCAUAACCUCAUACACAUGCAGCCCCCGCCUCUGGAACCACCUAGCGUAGACAUGAUGUGCAGGGCGGCCAAGGCUUUACUGGCCAUGGCCAGAGUGGACGAGAACCGCUCGGAAUUCCUUUUGCACGAGGGUCGGUUGCUGGAUAUCUCGAUAUCAGCUGUCCUGAACUCUCUGGUUGCAUCUGUCAUCUGUGAUGUACUAUUUCAGAUUGGGCAGUUAUGACAUAGUGAGAAGGCAAGCAUGUGUGAGUGAAGAUUAGCGCGUCACAUAUAACUGGCUGUUUUCUGUUCUUGUUUAUCCAGCGUAGGAAGAAGGAAAAGAAAAUCUUUGCUCCUCUGCCCCGUUCACUAUUUACCAAUUGGGAAUUAAAUAAUUAAUUUGAACAGUUAUAAAAUUAAUAUUUGCUGUCUGUGUGUAUAAGUACAUCCUUUGGGGUUUUUUAUUUCUUUUUUUUUUUUAACCAAAGUUGCUGUCUAGUGCAUUCAAAGGUCACAUUUUGUUUUUCACAGAUUCUCUCUUUAAUGUUCUUUUUUCCAUGUUGUAUUGCAUUUUUGGGGAAGCAAAUUGACUUUAAAGAAAAAAGUUUGGCAAAAGAUGCUAAGAUGGGAAAAUUUCACCACACUGAGUCAAAAAGGUGAAAAAUUAUUAUUUUCCUAUAUAUUUUAUUCUUCAGAGAAUGUUAAAAAAAAAAAAAAGUUGCAUCCCAUCACCCAAAGCUCUGUGCAAUAGAAACUUCUAGAGAUAUAGGUAGAGGGGCUCAA